GAUGCUUUACGUCGAAAGGUGCUUAGAAAAAUCGACCUGCGCACAAUUCCUUGUGUCAUGUUACUAUACCUCGCAUGCUUCGUUGAUAGAUCAAACAUUGGAAAUGCCAAAGUUGCUGGCUUAGAAAGGGAUCUUCACCUGAAAGGCAUCCAGUUCAACAUCGCCCUCAGCGCAUUUACAAUUACUUAUAUCAUCGUCAAAAUUCCAUCAAAUCAUAUUUUGCGCAAAGUGGGGGCCAAGUUUUGGUUGCCGUUUUUGGUUUUUUGUUGGGGUGUGGUCACCGUCUUUUCGGCGUUCAUGUCGAACUACGCGUCUUUGCUUGCCGUGAGAGCUGUGUUAGGGUUUUGUGAGGGUGGUUUGCAGCCUGGGGUUAUAUUAUACCUAUCGUCACUCUACAAGCCUGAAGAGCUGCAGCUUCGAGUGGGGCUAUCUUUUUGUAGCACUGCCUUGAGUCACAUCCUGGGUGGAUUCCUAGCGUUCGCAAUUCAUCGUAGAAUGGAUGGGUUCGCUGGAAAGGGUGCUUGGUCCUGGAUAUUCAUCAUUGAGGGUACCUUAACCAUCUUUGUUGCUGUUGUCGUCUGGUUCUUUCUAUGCUCAAGUAUCGAGACCGCUCCUUACUUAACCCCAAGCGAGCGCGAAUUCGCAGCCGAAACGCUACCUUCUCUUGACGACGAAAGAAAUACUCUUCAUUUGGAGGAAUUCGAGUGGUUCGAAUGUAGAAGGGCAUUUUUGGAGCCACAAGUUUGGCUGAUCGCCGCGGCACAGCUCUUCUCUUCAUUGCCGUACAUUCCCGCCUUGGUGACGGUAAUAGCAUCUGCUUUACUGGCAGACAGAUGGAGAAUACGCGGACCCAUUGUACUCGCAUGCGUGCCUGUAGGCAUUAUUGGAUACUUGAUGUUGAUCUUUUCAAAGAGCACCGGAACCCGUUACGCAGCAUUUUUUUUCGUCGUGUCUGGACUAUACCCUGCCAUACCCUGUCUUGUGUGUAUCACACCAAUCAAUACCUCUGGUGUCGUUAAACGGGCAACGUGUGUUGGGAUCCAGGGAAUGAUCCAGGGCUUAUCAAUCUUGAUAGGACCUUUCAUAUACAUAAAGGGUGAACCUGAGGUGAAAGGCCAUAAGAUCGCGCUUGGGCUCACCUGUGGUGCUUGGGCUCUGACGGCAGCCAAUGUGUUGUACUGCCACUUUGAAAACUCAAGGAAAGCUAGCGGCCGAAGAGAUCAUUUGGUGGCACAAUAUCUCGAGCAGUUUCGCGCAGGGCAGACUCGUGCACCAAUCGGGGACCGAAGUCCAAAUUUUUACUUUACACUUUGA